ACAGGCCGUCUGCUCCCCACCGGCUUCAUCCGCUACGGCUACGGCGGGGCGAGCCGGAACUUUUAUCCAUAGGAACGGGUUUACAGUGUAGAGUGUUGCCGGCCGGCCUCAAGGAGAUUAGAGUGCCAUCCUCUUCCUCUCACCGUAGCCGCCGCGGAGCGGUGCCGAGCCGAUCAGAUCCAGGAGCGCAGUUACCGGGCGGGCUGGGUCUAUGGUCGCUCCGCGGGCCGCUCCGCCGGCUGGUGCUUUUUUUUCAGGGCAAGCUGUGUUCCAUGGCAGGGAACUUUUGGCAGAGCUCCCAUUAUUUGCAAUGGAUUUUGGAUAAACAAGAUCUGUUGAAGGAACGCCAGAAGGACUUAAAGUUUCUCUCAGAAGAAGAGUAUUGGAAAUUACAAAUAUUUUUUACAAAUGUUAUUCAAGCAUUAGGUGAACAUCUUAAAUUAAGACAACAAGUUAUUGCCACUGCUACAGUCUAUUUCAAGAGAUUCUAUGCCAGGUAUUCUCUGAAAAGUAUAGAUCCUGUAUUAAUGGCUCCUACAUGUGUGUUUUUGGCAUCCAAAGUAGAGGAAUUUGGAGUAGUCUCAAAUACAAGAUUGAUUUCUGCUGCUACUUCUGUAUUAAAAACUAGAUUUUCAUAUGCCUUUCCAAAGGAAUUCCCUUAUAGGAUGAACCAUAUAUUAGAAUGUGAAUUCUAUCUUUUAGAACUAAUGGAUUGUUGCUUGAUAGUGUAUCAUCCUUAUAGACCUUUGCUCCAGUAUGUGCAGGACAUGGGCCAAGAAGACAUGUUGCUUCCCCUUGCAUGGAGGAUAGUGAAUGAUACCUACAGAACGGAUCUUUGCCUACUGUAUCCUCCUUUCAUGAUAGCUUUAGCUUGUCUACAUGUAGCCUGUGUUGUACAGCAGAAAGAUGCCAGACAGUGGUUUGCUGAACUUUCUGUGGAUAUGGAGAAGAUUUUGGAAAUAAUCAGGGUUAUUUUGAAACUGUAUGAGCAGUGGAAGAAUUUUGAUGAGAGAAAAGAGAUGGCAACUAUUCUUAGUAAGAUGCCGAAACCAAAACCUCCUCCAAACAGAAAUUCCCUGAGUGAUUCUCCACUAGUGGCAGGGCCUGAAGCUGCAAGAUGAUGAUGGACAAGAUAAGGCAAUAAUCCUAUUGCCACAGUUACUGGUAUUUUUCAGUUUUAGUUAUUUUUAAGUAUUCAGCAUUUUCCAGGAAAUUGCCAUUUUUAUUUUCUGACUCAUAAAUAAAAGUUUGCUGUAUUUACAUGUGAUUUUAUUACGCCUUUGGACAGUCAUUUUUUCAGAAGAACACUUCUUGAUUUUCAUAUUUGGUAGGAAUAAGAUUUUAUAUAUAAGAUUUAAUUUUACAGGAAAUUUGUUCAGAAAAAGCUCUAAUCUCUAUGUUGAGUGAUACCUGUAAUGACAGUGAAAUUCCAUACCCUUAUUUAAAUGUUUUGAAUGUAUGUGGACGCUAACUUCCAGAAUACUUGUAAUGUGUGAGGGCACCAAGUUAUGGAAGAAUAAAAACAUAAAACCAAAUGUAGUCUUCUGUAUUUUAAUUUUGCAAUCUGUGUCAGACAAUCAGGAGUGUCUUUAUUUUGUAGAGUUUUACCAUAGAGUAACUAACUUUAAAAAUUAGUUGGUUUAUCAGGGUGUUGAAAAUGAGUCUUUUAAUUGGUAUAAAAUCUCUUUCUUCCCCACUUGAACAGUGAAGGAGAGCAGGGUCCAAAUGGAAGUCAGAACUCUAGCUACAGCCAAUCUUAAAACAUUCCGAAGAAUUCCGUAGUGGACCAGUUGGAAAUAAACCAUUGGACAGAUUUCAGUUAUGUCUUCAAUGGAACACAAAUGAAAAUGAAUAGCUUGUUUCUGUCAAGCAUAUUGGGAAGUGAUUUUAUUUUUGCAAAAUAAGUUUUACCUUACCUGAUUUGAUUCUAGUACAUAAUUGAUUGAAAUCUCUUGAUUAUAAAAGUUUGGAAAGGUUCUAAGGGGACCUACAGACAGACAUACAUAGACAUUUCAAAAUUAAUAACUUUUGAUUAGUAUAAUUUUUCUUAAUUUGGAUAAUAGAAAUUAUAGCUUUUUAUUAAGCCAGGAAACAUGAAGCAUAAUUUGUCUAAAAUUCUCUUUGGUCAUUGAAGGACCAAAAAAAAAGACAUAAAAAGUCAAAUAUAUGAGGGUUUUUUUCCCUCCUUAAGUUAAACUUUAAAACUGUAUUUAAGGAAUCAAAUCUUACAAAAUCCUGGAAGAUUUUGGUAACGAUAUUGAUAAUUUCAGGGAAAUUAAUCAAGUACCUAUUGAUUUAAAAGUGUAUUUUAUUUGUAGUUUUAGUAUCUUGCCAUGGAAGAUACUAGCCCAGCCUAGCAGAAAAGUGCAAUAUGUAUAGCAUACUUUGACAUUUUAAAAGUUAUAUUAAUUCCAUAACCAUUUUGAAAUGCUGGGCAAACUUAAAAAAAAAAAUCCUAUAUGACCUUAUUUGCAUUUGAUUCACAGUUAAUCAGGCAUUUUGAAAGUUAAUUGGAUAAAACACCAUGAUAUGGUUGAAAUUUGGUAACAUUUUAAUGUUAAUUUUUACUCUACUGUGAAAAGUUUUUAUAUGACAUACACUCCCUAGUUUAUUUUUGUGUCUUAGUGUGGAUUUACAAAUUUACUACAGGUAUCCUGAGCCAGGAACACAAUCAGGUUUCAGGCCAGUUUGAUACUGGCCAUUCUUAAUUCUCAUGAGUGUAGGACUUGGACAAAUUGUUAUGUCAGUGGGACUGUGCUGUCUGUGGAACUUAAUCAUUUUCUUCAGAUUUGAAGGAGAGUGAUGAAAUUUGAAGUCAUAGGAUAUUGAUGUACAAUUUAAGGAUUAAGUUUUUUUAUAAAUCAAUUGUGAACAAUGGAUUAUUAAAUUAAGUGUUGACUUCCUAGUAUGAAACUUCAAGAAUAAAAGUAAUGUUCUCCA